AUGACCAAUAGUUCGUUGCCGGAAGUUGUUUGCAUCGCCAGGGCUCGGAUACCUACAGUGCAGGGGCCGGAUAUAUUUCUUCACUUGUACAAGAAUGAGGUUGACGACAAGGAGCAUUUGGCAAUAGUGUUCGGAGAAGACAUCAGGUCGAGAUCGCUCUUCCGCUUACGGGCUAACGACACCCAUCAGGACCGUAUGAUACGCGGCGCUUAUAUUGGCCGGCUGUGGCCCGGGAGGGUCAACUCGGACAAGGAUGAAAAGUCGGGCCUGGAGCUUUCCUUUGAUUCCUCGGGCAACCUAGAGGUGGAUGGGACCACGACCUGGACCGGCGAUCGCCAGACACUCGUGCGCAUUCAUUCGGAAUGUUACACCGGCGAAACGGCCUGGAGUGCUCGUUGCGAUUGUGGUGAGCAGUUCGAUCGCGCGGGGAGACUCAUAUCUGCUGCCCAGGACGGGAACAUUCAGGGCGGCGAUGGCCAUGGCGUCAUUGUCUACUUGCGUCAAGAGGGCAGAGGCAUCGGCCUAAGCGAAAAAUUAAAAGCGUACAACCUACAGGACUUGGGUGCAGAUACUGUGCAGGCAAACUUGCUUUUAAAACACCCCGCCGAUGCCCGUGACUUCUCCUUGGGCAGGGCUAUCCUAGUAGACUUGGGCAUCGAACAAGUUCGCUUGUUGACCAACAACCCGGAUAAGGUCGAACAAGUCAACUUCCCCCCAUACCUACAAUGCGUGGAACGUGUCCCAAUGAUCCCGUUGUCGUGGACCCACCAAGGCCAAGGAAUCCACUCCAACGAGAUCGAUAACUACUUGAGAGUCAAAGUUGAAAGAAUGGGCCACUUGCUCCAGAAGCCUCUCAACCUACACACCUCCGACCCGACACCCAAUGCCAUCCGCUCGCAUACCCAUGCAUUGUAG